GCUUUUUUAUUAAAACCCUAGUCCCAUCGCCGCCAUCCCUCGCCAAAGCUUAGGGUUUCUGCGGAUUUUGAGUAGAAGCCGAGAGAGAAGAGAGAGAUAUGGGUCAUUCUAAUGUGUGGAACUCUCAUCCCAAGAACUAUGGGCCUGGAUCUCGUGCUUGCCGGGUUUGUGGAAACCCUCAUGCAAUUAUCCGGAAGUAUGGACUUAUGUGCUGUAGGCAGUGCUUUCGCAGCAAUGCGAAAGAAAUUGGUUUCAUUAAGUAUCGUUGACGAACUUCUCCAAAGGAUUGGAAUCCUGGUGGCUUUCGGAUGCAUCAGGAUCUUACCUUCUCCGGGAGAUAUGCUUUAUCUAUGAAGUAACUAGUUUUCUAUGUUUUUCGUAGUUAGUGAACUGCACUUUUAUUAUUGAGAGAAUUUACUUAUAUCUGAAUCUGUCACAGAAGUUUGACUUUUGAGAACAUUGAGUUGUUUCUUUAUUGGAAUAUUUGUGCGCUGAGUAUAAAUCCUAGGAGUACUAUCUUAAUCUAGAUUCAAAGUCAUGUUCCUUUUUUCC